UUCGUGCAGUGGCAGUUAUGGCUGACAACGGUUGAAUAUUUGUAGAAAAUUUAACUGGGAAAUUGAAUUUGUAAGAGUAUCUCCUCCAGUUUAACCCCAACUGCCACAUCAUGGAGAAUUACAUAAAGAAGAAACAGAUAGGUGAGGGAUCCUUUGGCAAGGCUUUGUUGGUGAAAAGUAAGGCUGAUGGCAAGGAGUAUGUUAUCAAAGAAAUCAAUAUUUCCAAGAUGAAAAGGAAGGAAAGAGAGGAAUCUAAGAAAGAAGUUUCUGUUUUGAGGAAGAUGAAACAUCCCAACAUUGUGUCUUAUGCUGAGUCUUUUGAAGAGAAAGGUAACCUGUACAUUGUUAUGGACUACUGUGAUGGAGGUGACCUUUAUCAAGCCAUCAAUAGACGACGAGGCGUGUUGUUUCCUGAAGAUGAAGUCAUGGAUUGGUUUGUUCAGAUCUGUCUGGCUCUCAAACAUGUUCAUGACAGAAAGAUUCUUCAUAGGGAUAUCAAAUCACAGAAUAUUUUCUUGACACGGAAAGGCAUUAUCAAAAUGGGUGACUUUGGCAUUGCAAGAGUUUUGAAUAAUACAAUGGAAUUGGCAAGGACAUGUAUAGGCACACCAUAUUAUCUCUCUCCUGAGAUAUGUGAAAAUAAACCAUAUAAUAACAAAAGUGAUAUAUGGGCCCUUGGUUGUGUACUCUAUGAGACGCUGACACUGAAACAUGCUUUUGAAGCAGGAAACAUGAAGAACCUAGUCUUGAAGAUAAUCCGUGGAUCCUAUCCUCCUGUAUCACCACGCUAUAGCUAUGAGAUCAGGAAUCUAGUGGCACAACUAUUCAAGAGAAACCCUAGGGACAGGCCUUCUAUCAAUUCAGUUUUGAAGAAACCCUUUGUUCAAAGGAGGAUAGAGAAAUUCUUAACUGAUGCAGAAUUGAAUGAUGAGUUCAGUCAUACAAUCCUUCAUCGUAAUGCUCGUCCAGCUGCUAGGGGUGUUGGAGCUCCUGUAUUCCAGAAGCCUAUCUCUAGGCCACCAAUCAGUGCAGCUGCUAAGAAACCACCCGUACCCAAACCCAUUAGUAAUCCGGCAGCUAAGUAUGGGCCUUCAGUAGCUGUUAAGAGACCGCCAAGUGCUGGAAUUAGAAAAUCAUCUGAGGACAGGAAAGAUGGAGGAGCAAAGGAUUUGGAGCAGAAGAAAAGAGAAUUGAGAGAAAAGGAGAAUGAAAGACGGCUCAAGGAAAAACAAGUAAGACAACAACGUGAAGAAUUGAAUGAUAAACGAAGGAUGGCGAAUAUCAACAAAGCUCGUGAAGCAGGCUGGAAGAACACCCUUCUUAGUAGCAGUGGUAGUAGUAAUGGAGGAGGUGGUUAUGGAGGAGGAGGAGGAGGUAUCAGGCCUUCUGAAAAUGAGUUUGAAGAACCACCAAAGAAAGAAGCUAAGUAUGAGAAGCCAUCGGUUCAUGAAGGAGCUAAACCAGAGCGAGGUAACUAUGAUCACUAUCACCAAUACCUUGCCAACCUACGUCAACAAGCCAAUGGGGCUGCCGUGGGCCAAGGUGGUGCUGCCAUGUUCAGAGAGGAACGAGCUAAGAGACAACAGGAGGAAGAGGCCCUCAGGAGGCAGAUCAGGGAGAGGCCGGCAUCUGCUAGUGCCGCCAAAGCCGCCAAGAGAGGAGAAAAUGCAUGGCAAGCUGGUGUAGAAGCAGCUGAGAGAGCUAAGAUGGUUCAUGAUUUCUUACUAAGGAAGAGAGAAGCAGCAGCUAACAAAGCCAGAGUAGCAGUUCAACUAGGAUGGGGAGCACAGCCAGUAGCAGGAGCGGGAGAUGCUAGGAAUGAACCUCUUCUACCGUACGGUGGACAGAAAGGAAGGAAUAAAGAUGAGCAGGCAUAUUUAGAACAGCUGAAUGCAAUCAGGAUGCAAAACUACAAAGAAAGAAUUAAUGUCAGAAAUAAGGUCAAAGAAGAAAAUGAUCCACAGAUCAGCGCAGAAGCUAGAAGGAAAAAAAUUGAGGCACUGAAGGCACAAGCUGACCAGCGAGCAGCAAAGCUUAAAGAACAGCUUGAAAAACAGAGAAGAGAAGCUUAUGAGAAGGAGAAGAGAGCAUGGGAUGAUCAUCUUGCCAAGAAGAGAGUGACAGAUAAGCCUGCUGCUGCUCCCAGUAAACCUGUUCAGGGACCAGCAGUACCAGUUGUGCCUCUUACCGCUGUGCUGAGAGAAGUAGGUGUAGAUGUUACCCAACCAGAACAGGAAAUGCCACUUGAAAAGGAAGAAAACAGGGUACCAGUAAUUCCAGCAGCAUCUGAAGCAAAUCAAGCCCCUGCUGCUCCCAGGAAGCAAUGGGCUGGUGGAGCUACCAAAGCAGCAGUCUUAGCCAACAUGCCUCUUGAAGUCACAGCUUCUAAUAUGCAAGCCACUAGUGGAGGUGAUAUGUUACAGCCAUCAUCAGUGUCUGCAUCCAAUGUAGAAGCCAAUAGGAAGAAGUGGGGUGCUCCAGGUAAUACUGUAGUCAAUGCUCUUCAGAUGGCUGAGAUCAAGGCAGGAACUAUGACCAUGGCAGCGGUCAAUCCAAAAGGAGAAACUCAAUUAUUGCAAGCACCUGGAAUGUACGAUAGAGGGAGCCCUAUGGGUGUGACUGUCAUUAAGGAUCAACCUAUGAGCCUUAGGGAGAAGAUACCCGUAGUCCAAGACAACACAUGUGUCGUUGAUGGGAAACAGUCAGGUGACCACGAAGAAGCAGCUGAUCUUGAAACUAUUGAUGCAAAGAACAAGGAAGAUGAUACCAAAUCCUCAGAUGGUAGUAAACAGACUCCUCCAUCUCCAUCUAAACCAGCAUGGAAUAAUGCAGCAUCAUCACCUAGCAACAAAACACAAAUAGAUGCUGCACCUAAAACACAAGAUUCUCCAAACCAGAAGGAUCAACCGCCCACUUCUGCAACAAAGGACAGCCCCAAAUCAAACUCAUCCCCUCCAAGGCUCGCCCCUGAUGCUGAGGCCCCUCCUACACCAGAGAAAGCCACGCCUCCCAAGAGCCCAAGGCCUAGUACCUCACCUCCUUCAGUAAAAACUGCCUCUCCUCCUGCCAUCAUACCAUCAUCAUCAUCCUCACCAUCAGGAGUGAAGAGUCCAAUUAAAACAGAUGAGGAGAAAAAAGAAAAGAUGGAAACAGGAGAGAAAAACCCACAGGAAAAGAAAGGUGGAAUUGAUGCUGUUGAACUGGAAGAAGAAGAUGUGGAUGAUCAAGAAAGCAGUGAAAAGUCUGCCAAGAAGAGUGUGGUUGCUGGCUUGUCUACAUGCUACUUUGAUACAGAACCCAAGCUGUUGCGGACGUGUUCUGAUCCGGACCUAAGACAGCUGUUCCGUACGACCAUGGCCCUGAAUCCAUUCUUUGAAGCAGAUCAGAACCUUGUCGCUCAGAGUGUUGAUACUGCCCUCAGCAAUCGGGAGGACGAUGACCAAGAUGUCAUGAUCGAUGAUGACCUGGAUGAUGAUGAUGAGGAAGAUGAACUUAUUCGACAACUCCAAAACUUGACGGCCAGGAAUGAGGAGGACGACGAGGAGGAGGACGACGAGGAGGAUGAAGAGGAAGAUGGAGAAGAUGACAUUGAACAAGUACUUGAUGAAGAUGAAGAAGAAUACCAUAGUCUGGUUGAGUCUAUGAGAAGUGUCUUGGAAUCAAAUGAUGUUUCAGAUACACCUGGAAAGAAACGGAUACAAGAUAAAGAGGAAGGAAAGAGCCCUGGAGCAGAAUCAAAUGACUCCUCCCCAUCUUCGCCAUCAGGGAGCAAAGACGAUGACGAUGAAGAGGAAGAUGACGAUGAUAAGGAGACUUCUGGCAAGAGCAAACCAAUUAAUGAGGACUGGGACUCUGGUGAAGGAAGUGAAGGAGAAGAGACUGGUAUGUCAGCUGAGGAGAGAGAAAGUAUAUACAGUCGAUUAGAAGAAUCAAGACUACAGUUAGAGAAAGAACUUGGAUGUGAGACAUUCCUCAAAGCAUAUAAAUCAAUACAGGCCAUGCAUGAAGAUGAAGAUGAGAAUAUUGAAGAAGGAACUAAGCGUGUUAAUACCAUCCUAGGAGAGGGCAAAGGUCAAGUAUACACAAAGAUCCUCCAGCUAGUGAUGGCUGAUGGAGCAUACACGGAAGCAUUAAAGAGCCAGAAAAAAUAAUCAUUGCUCUGCAUGUGACUGUAAUCAGAAGCUUGUUACUCUUCAUCAUCAUCAUCAACCCGUAAUCCUGCUCCCUUGUCAUCUGUAAACCAUCAAACCCUACAUGAUCAACAUCCAUCCUUCAGUUUAAUGAAAUGAAUCAUUUUAUAAACUUGUUAUUUGUUUCCAAGUAAAUGAACAUUCAAGUAAGAUAAUCUAACAUUUAAGUAACUGAGUAGCACAGUUUGUAAGAAGAAAGACAAACUGAUUUUGGAAUAUGUAGCUAUGGUUAUAAAUUACAUCAAAUCACUAUUUGCCCUUUAAAGAAUGGAAAUUAUGGAAUGGUAUAAUAAACUCCCAGAUUUGUGAAUGUUUCAUUCUAUAGACACAUUGUACAGGUAGUAAUGACAUUUUACAAGUCAAUUAAUGAAUAGAUUUAUGAUAGACAUCUUACACAUUUGAUUUGAGUAGAUCGACCAGGAUAUUCGAGAUCAUUGGCUACAGUAAAAAUAUGAAUCUUUAGAAUUACAUUACAAGAUAUAAAAUUUAAAGCAUGUGUAUUGCUGUAAAUGAGCAUGUAGUUAUAAACUGUAAUAUAAAUGUAUGCUUAUCAUUGGUGUAUAAGAGCAAUAUUGUUGCAUCUUGUGAAAAUGGUAUCUCGUGGAAAUGUGAAUUGAAUUUUAUAGCAUCUGCAAUGCAGAAAUUUUCUGGAACUUCUAUGAAUCGCCUAAAGAGACAUAAGAUGCUUUUAUUUUUUUAUAACUCGUUCUCAUGACUUGCUAUCUCUUUUCAUUAAUUUACUAACUCAUACCUAAGACUUGUCUCAUUCUCCCAGCAUACUUUGCAGUUAUUAAGUUAUAUGUUGUGAGAAUGAGUAGAAAGUCAUGGGAACAGACCAGUACGUUGUGUGAACGAGUUUUGAUAAAUUAAAAGAAAUAUCCUGUCUCAUUUAGGGGUUCUGUAUGCUUCUCUGUUGGUAUCAUGAAUACAAUGCUGCCGAUAAUCAUGUAUCCUUGUUUUAGCGGAUAUGAGUAUUGAUGGUGAAAUUACAUUUCAUGCUAACGUAAUUAAUGUUGUAAUAUACUUGUAAAAUUUAUGAAUAAUGACAAUAUGAUUAAUUCAGUAAUUGAAAUUAGUACAUGUAUUUGAUAAAAAAUAUGAUGCACUAGUUUAUUGCACGGGAGCACUAAUUAUAGUAGAAAUGUGUGGGGUCUUUUGUUGGUGGUGGUGGUGUUUAAAAUUGGUCAAUAUUGAGCAUUUUUUUUGUGGUUGAAUAAGCAUACUAAUCCCUGCUUUGGUUCAUUGAAUACUAACUUUAUAUUUGUAACUAACAGAAAAAUAUUGAUUUGUACAUUUAAUAUGAUUGUGUACGCAGGUGGAAUCAUGGCCUAUUGAUCUAAUGAAACAUUAUCAAUCAUUAACUACAUCAGACAUCUGAGCAAUGUAAAUUUUACACCUUCUUGCUCCAUUUUGUUUUUUUACAUACAUUGCUGACUGAAAAAUCAUUACUUGCUCACUGAUAAAAAUCUAAUGGAUUUAAGUGUAAAAUAGACAGUCAUGAAUUAAACUGCGUAGUUGGAAUCAUAUUUUUGCAACAAGACAAGUGAUUAUUUUUACUAUUGCAUUUACAUGUACUUCACACCAUCUUCACAUUUGCUCUAGAUGUCUGGGGUUUUUAAUGUUAAUGAUUUAAUCUGGUAAAUUGGGGGGGGGGGAGAUGCAGUGCUGCCCUCACUAGAAUUCUAGGUGUGGCAUAAGAUUAUCUCCCUUCAGGCUAAUCUGUACUAUGUAUAUACAAUUAUACAUGUAUAUGUACUGAGAUGCUUGAUAAUAGGAUUAGUAGUGUACAUGUAUAGUUCGCAUUUAUUUACUAAGCAUAUCUUCAUAAUCAAUUUUUUUUUCUAUCAUGACUUUUGUAAAUUGUCAAUUUAUUGAUUAUCAAAUAUUUCUCUUUCUCAACAGAUAAUGAUGAAUGAAGAUGAGAAAAUCCAGAUAUA